GCGGCGUGUGUAGCCUCCUGUCCGCGGGGAUCGCGGCUCUCCAGGCCCGGCGGAGCCGGACUCGGACUCGGACUCCGGCUCGGGCGGGAGCUGGCGGCAGCGCCUGGCUGGAUGCGGCGGCCCCCACGGGCGCUCUGAGACCCGCAAGAUGCGCGCUGCUCUGCCCAGCCUGCUGGCCUGGCUGGCGAUGCUGCUGCUCUGGAGGGCGGCGCGCCCGGCCGCCGCCUGCAGCUGCUCCCCGGUGCACCCGCAACAGGCCUUCUGCAACGCGGACGUAGUGAUCAGAGCAAAGGCUGUCUCCGGAAAAGAGGUGGAUUCUGGGAAUGAUGUUUAUGGGAAUCCGAUCAAACGGAUCCAGUACGAGAUCAAGCAGAUAAAGAUGUUUAAAGGACCUGACAAGGACAUAGAGUUAAUUUACACAGCUCCUUCGUCGGCUAUGUGCGGGGUGUCACUGGACACCGGAGGGAAGAAGGAAUAUCUCAUUGCAGGCAAGUCCGAAGGCAACGGCAAGAUGCACAUCACACUGUGUGACUUCAUUGUCCCUUGGGACUCCCUGAGUGCCACCCAGAAGAAGAGUCUGAACCAGCGGUACCAGAUGGGCUGUGAGUGCAAGAUCUCCCGCUGUCCCUCCAUUCCGUGCUUCGUCUCCUCGUCGGACGAAUGUCUCUGGACAGACUGGGUGACGGAGAAGAACAUAAACGGGCGACAGGCUAAGCAUUACGCCUGCAUCAAGAGGAGCGACGGCUCGUGCGCAUGGUACCGUGGCGUGGCCCCACCCAAGCAAGAGUUUCUCGACAUUGAGGACCCCUAAGCUGAAUAGCUGCAUUCCAGUACCCAAUAGAAAGGCCUGCAAGAAAUUAGACUGGUCCACCUCUGACAUCACUUCCUGGAAACAGCAUGAAAAUACAGUAUCCCAAGUGGGUCCCAAUCGGGGUGAUUAAAUGCCACGUGCUUCCAAAGUGGGGUGAGGGGCCACUCCAUUGUAUUUAGCUCCCAGCAGUGCUUUCCCUUUCCUUCCUUUCACAGAUGCAGUGGGGCAUGGGAUGGCUUCAUACUGGUCGGACUUUGAUCCAUGAGAUCCCAGUGCUGUUCUGGAGGAAACCAGAAUGCUCGAGGGUCGAUGUGUCUCAUUCUGUGUAGCAGGCCUACCAGGUUCCCCUCACCUGGGGCUGGAGUGUCCCUUGUUUUGGGUAGCUCCUGCCCCUCGAUCCCCCAGCACAUUGGCGUCUCUUUUUCAAGCAGCCUUCUCCACUGCCAGAGGACGGACCAACAUUCCCCAGAUCUCCUUUGUAAGCCCUCUAGUCUCACUGCUCCCCUGGUCACAUGCACCCCCACCUCUUGGGCUAGACGGGAGAGUCAGCGAAAGGUAGCACUGGCUGAGUCCCAGCUGGACUGCAGGGGCCAGGAAAGGAUUAGGCUCUAGUGAAGUCUCCUUAGCCAUUUGUCAAGUAAGAUAAAGGCCCUUUGCACUGACAGUGUCCCUGUGGUCCCCAGCAUCAGCAUCUUUUGAGGGGGACCAGAGGGUCCCCGUCUCACUCAUUUGCAAGCAGUGUUGUUGUUUCAUGCAUCCUUCCAAGUCAGAGGGUGCUGAGGUUGGACCUCUGGGGUGGCGCAUGCGUGAGACCCCUGCAGACUUUGGUCCUGCGCCUUCAUCCUGGCAGUUUACUAAGGAAAGCAAAUCCCCUGGUGGGUAUGUGUGUGCCUUGCUGUGGUGUAGCUGCCGGAUCUGUGUCCUAGUGUAGGCUUGUGCCGUCAGCAUAGUGCUAAUGCCAAGUUCCAGGUGAGGGGAAGGGCUUGGUUACCGUAUAGCCUGUAGGAUUAUGCAGACAGCAGAGGUAUUAUUGUGAAUUCAUUGCUCAGCAGGACAAUGAACUGAGAGCACUCUAGCCCCACAGACGGUGGCGUGCUGACAAUGACCCAUAGCUACUUCCCUUGCCGAGAGCCUUUAUUCCCAGCAAGGUGCAUGAAUGCAGGAGCUGGCGAUCGGAGGCAUAUUCCAAGUGCUCUGCCGAGAAGGAGCAUGGUGAGAGACCCCACAGGACGAGGUAGUUUUCUAUCCACUGAUGGCUGUUUGCUGAUUGCAGUUGUGAGGCUCAUGGCAGUGAGCUGUGAUAAAAGUCAAGCUUUUCAGACCCUCUUCUCCUACGCAGUGAGGGUGCGCGUGCACACACACAACAUACCUG